GCAACAAAUUAGAUCAUGAGAAUUUUUUUAUCUAUUUUGGGUUCAUAUAGCUCAUCUGCUAGAUAUUCAGAAGCAUGUGAACUUAUUGAAUGCUUGAGAGGAUAAAAUGAUCACUGAAGCACUCAUCAUUAUAUUUUGCAAGGCUAAAAAGCUUGAUGCAGUCUUGGAGGAGUACAAAAGUAAAGGAGGAAUCGGUUUCUAUCACUCAUCACUUAUUUUCCAUUACUACAGUUCAAUGCUUGAGAGGAUAAAAUGAUCACUGAAGCACUCAUCAUUAUAUUUUGCAAGGCUAAAAAGCUUGAUGCAGCCUUGGAGGAGUACAGAAGUAGAGGAGGAAUCGGUUUCUAUCACUCAUCACUUAUUUCCCAUUGCUGCAGUUGAUUUUCAGGAAAUUAAAUUCCCUAUGUUUAGCACUAUGGAAUUCAGAUAAAUUUUGGUUAUCGAUUUCAUCAUUUCACUUCAAAACUAGAAUAGUGCAUUAGCAGUUAAAGGACAUUAAAACCAAUUGAAUAUUCUUGUGUUCUCAUCUUCGGCCACCGUAUAUGGUUGGCCAAAGGAGGUUCUAUGUACAGAAGAGUUUCCUCUGUCAGCAAUGAAUCCAUAUGGUCGAAUUAAGGAGAAAGCAAAGACAAUUUUGCUUCUGUCCCGUUGAUGAUAUUAUAGAGAAUACAGAUGGUUUUGCUGGUGUCUUUCCUAAGCACAAAUAUGAUAUUGUGACGAGGUUACAAGCUAGAAAUCACGUUUGUGGGAUGAUUGGUGAUGGAGUGAAUGAUGCACCAGCUUUGAAGAUAGCCGACAUAGGUAUCGCUGUAGCAGAUGCCACAGACGGUGCAAGAAGUGCCUCUGACAUAGUUCUAACAGAACCUGGGUUGAAUGUGAUCAUAAGUGCUGUUUUAACUAGCCGUGCAAUUUUCCAAAGAAUGAAAAACUACACAGUAAUCCCCCAACAAUAAAAAUAUUGAUAAAAUAUUGCAAUAGUCCUUGUUGUAACGAAAAAUUUAUCAAAGCCUUAUUUUAUUUUUCUUUUGCAGAUAUAUGUUGUAUCUGUCACCAUCCGUAUUGUGGUAAGUUAUAAGUGCAUAUAUGGAGAAUUUAGCAGUGAUCAAGCCAUCAUUUUCUUUCCUUCUCAUUUUCAGUUUAUUUUGCUUUACAGGUUGGCUUUAUGUUACUCACAUGCAUUUGGGAAUUUAACUUUU